CCCACGGGCCACAGUCACAUACAAAAUACAUUUGAAGGUGAGAAGGAUGAGAAGAACCAUCAUCACCAAGUCUAUCACCAUCACCAACACCAACAACAGCCAACCAUUCAGAACAAGAAAUCAUCAACUAAAGAAGAAGAAGAAGAAAGACAGCUUUCAGAGACACUUUUCCUCCGAUUCGGGCCCACAAGCCGACCCCUACUCGAUCUGUUUGUGCGGCUUGCCCGCGAGCUUCGUCCCUACUGACGUCAGACGAUUCGUUUCUCGAUUCAUAUCCGAUCCCGGGUCUUUGCAAAAAGUGAUUUACGUACCGGAUCCGACGGUUCCAUGGACCCUUCAAACCAACCUCUUGCGCUUUACGCGGCCGGAAUCGGUCGCAGAAAUGGGGCAAGAAGUGGAGAAGAUGAGGGGAUGGAGGAGGGGAGAAGACGAGGGCGGAAGGAGCUGGAGUGAAUGGAGCGAGUAUGAGGAUCUACCACCACCAGAAGCACCCGAGGUGGCGCUCGAGAAGGUUGGAAAACAUUGGAUGGGGCGAGGAUAUGAGCAGGCCUUAGAGCACCAAGCCCGGGAGGUCUCAUGGCUCAACAGUCGAUCCGCUCUACUCGCAAGCACUCCAUCACCACACCCAAAAGACAAUCAAGAAGAAGAAGAGGCGCUCGGACAUCGGCCGGGAAGAGCCGUCCUGCUCGUCGGCCUGCCGCUCCACUCCGACCCCCUCCAGAUCGAAAACACGCUCCUCAACUUCGGCUUCCCCGUCCUCAGAGCCCAGUCCUUGGCCGCGUACGAGCGCUUGCUCAGACGGCUCUAUUGGCCCUUCUUGGACCCUUCUCCCUCAUGUCUGAGUAAUAGGAUGGCCAGACCCAAAAAGAACGAUUCGAAAAAGAAGACCAGUCGGGCUCAAGUUGUCUACACGCCCUCGCUCACCAUCUCCAACCAUCUCGUCGGCGAGCUCAACCAUCUCGUGCCCUCCUGGCUGGGCUCCCGAGUGUCCAAGAACUCCGAGCUUCUUGGCUUGCCCUCUUCUGGAUGGAAGUUGAAGGCUAAAGUGCUCUAUUGAUCUCCCCCCCCCCUUUUUUUUUCUCUCUUGUGUGGAGGUUCUUGGGGGUGGGUCUGGUCUUGCGCAAAUAAAUCUUGUCCCUUGCUUGGUCCGGUUUACCUCCUUGUUCACUUUUGAGAUCUGUCUUUGAAUUAUAUCCAUUUUUUGGGGGUUUUUUUUGUGGGGAAAAAGAUCAUGAGCUCUGAUUGAGUUGUAUAGUCUAAAAUUAAUAUUGGUUUACUGAAUGAUGUCUCGAAACAAGCAGAAUAAAUAUGAGAGUGGAAAAAGCGG